GUCGACGACCAGAUGAAGCUGCUGCAGCACUCAUGGUCCGACAUGUUGGUGUUAGACCACCUCCACCAGAGGAUGCACAACGGCCUGCCCGAUGAGACUACCCUUCACAACGGCCAGAAAUUUGACCUCCUGUGCCUGGGACUCCUAGGCGUACCGUCUCUCGCUGAUCACUUCAAUGAGCUACAGAACAAACUCGCAGAGCUCAAAUUUGAUGUACCAGACUACAUUUGCGUAAAAUUCUUGCUUCUACUAAACCCAGAAGUGAGAGGCAUCGUCAACGUCAAGUGCGUCCGAGAUGGCUAUCAGACAGUACAAGCUGCUCUUCUCGACUACACUCUCACCUGUUACCCCACGAUACAGGACAAAUUCGGCAAACUAGUAAUGGUGGUACCUGAGAUCCACGCUCUGGCUGCCCGAGGAGAAGAACAUCUAUACCAGCGGCAUUGCGCUGGCCAAGCGCCCACACAAACACUUCUCAUGGAAAUGCUGCACGCUAAGCGCAAGUGA